AUGUCGAACAACCCGGUUGGGCUCAACGCGUCCAUAUGGUCUGAGAACGGCCGCUCACGUCUUAAUAAUAUUAGAUAUUAUGCCCCUGCGCGUCCUUCUUCGCAACCAUCUAUUCCAUCACAACCACAGCCAUCACCACAGCCAUCACCACAACCGCGUCAACCAUCACCACGGCAAUAUCAACCACCUCCACAGCCUGUAUUGGCGCCUGCAACAAGCUCAAUAGCAUCAAUACAUCUGAAGCCAGCACAAGCCUUCAAUCGCUUUGAACAAGCCUGUCAACGUUUACGCUGGAAGUUUAUCGAUUUGCAGUCCUCAUAUCACCGUGCGCUAAAUGCAUUAGACUUUGGUUUCCCGGUGGCUGAAGCCGAGAAGAAUUUCAAGGUUGACUUCUACGAGUUCUACGUCUGGAUCGAGCAGGCUCUUGUUCUUCUCUUGCUCGUUUUCGGCAUCACAAUUCCUCGUGGGCCGGGCCACGGUGGACGUGCUCACGCGUAUCACUACCAGGUCAUCGUGGCGCUCGAGGCCCCAACGUGUCCUGUGUACGAGGCGCUAGGGACGGGAGAAGCGAACCAGGCGCUCCGGAAGGCCAAAGAACUUCGAAACAAAUGGAAAGAUAUGAGUGAGGGAAAAGAUACGCCGCCGCUUAAGAUGUAUGACUUGACUUGGCUCGUGGGACAGAUUCUCGGAGGAUUGGAGGUGGGGUAUGCGAUAGCGGCGAGGGCGGUCGCGGAGGAGCCUCCGAGAGGGCAAGUGGAAGAAAUGGAUGAGCAGAUGGCCAUGGGAGCAGAUGGGCAGUGGGAUUGGAUGGUAGAGCCUAUGGAUUGGGAGGGUGUAUAG